UUUAAAAACUAACGGUCAUUUUUUUUUUUUUAAACUAACGGUCUUUUUUUUUUAAACUAACGGUAAUUUAUUUAACAACUAACGGUCAUCUGGAGCAGAAUUCUUCAAAACCUGGAGUUUAACUACUCAUAAAAUUCUUUAAACAAGAUGUUCAGUGAGCCUGGUAAUGUUCCGGAUUACUCUACAAGAAGAAAUAAAAAGAAGAGGAAGUGCAGAGCCACUGACGGCUUUAACAGACACUUUGAAGAUGUUUACAGACUACAGGACGAGGUUCUUGGAGAAGGAGCUUAUGCGGUCGUGCACACAUGCACCAAUCUGAGCACGAAUAAAGAAUACGCGGUUAAGGUCAUUGAGAAAAGACCAGGACGCAGCCGGAGUCGUGUUUUCAGAGAAGUAGAGAUGCUCUAUCAGUGCCAGGGUCACAGAAACAUCCUGGAGCUGGUGGAGUUCUUUGAAGAAAGCGACAAAUUCUACCUGGUGUUUGAGAAGCUAAAAGGAGGUUCAGUGUUGACUCAAAUCCACAAACGACAGCGCUUCAGUGAACAGGAAGCCAGCAUGGUGGUGCGGGACAUCGCCAGUGCUUUAGACUUCCUGCACAGCAAAGGAAUGGCACAUCGGGACCUGAAGCCAGAGAACAUCCUCUGUGAACGCACCGACACGGUCUGUCCGGUGAAGAUCUGUGAUUUUGACCUGGGCAGUGCCAUCCAGCUGAACAGUGACUGCAUACCCAUCUCCACCCCAGAGCUGCUGACUCCAUGCGGCUCGGCGGAGUACAUGGCGCCCGAGGUGGUGGAGGCCUUCCACGAUGAUGCUAGUAUCUACGAUAAACGCUGUGACCUGUGGAGUCUGGGGGUCAUCCUCUACAUCCUGCUGAGUGGAUCCCCACCGUUUACUGGACACUGUGGAGAAGACUGUGGCUGGGACCAUGGAGAGCCCUGCUACACCUGCCAAAGCACGCUGUUCGAGAGGAUCCAGGAAGGAACGUACGAGUUUCCCGACGAACGCUGGGCUCUCGUCUCCGCUGAAGCUAAAGAUCUCGUCUCCAGACUGCUAGUGCGGGACGCCAAACGCCGGCUCAGUGCCGCGCAGGUGCUGCAGCACCCGUGGCUGCACAAGUGUGACUGGAACCCUGAAAUGAUGCCCAUCCUGUAUGAGAGACGGCCGCAGUCUCAGGACCUGACGCUCUUUGCUGGCCAGGUCGUAGCUGUGAACCGUCAGCUGGAACGGCAGGAAGUUAAGAAGGAGGAGAUGAUACAGGACGAAGACCUGACCAUCGGUGGGUCUCUGCUCCGUGUGUCCAGGUCUCGACUCGCUCAGCGGCGUAGACGGACCAGCCGACGCCUCUUCAGUCCUCUGCUCACGAUGCUUGGGAGAACGCUGAGACCAUCCUCUGGCAUCGACCCCGAGGAAUGUCCGACCCAGUUUCGCUGAAUCGCCAGGAGGGCACGACGAGGAUGGGACCCUCGGUCAGGCCGCGUCUCAAAUCCACGAGCUAGGAUCGCAGAAGAGCCUCUGUUUUUUUUUUUUUGGAAAUGACGAUGCUGCUUUGAAAAUAAAAGCCUGGGAAGAUCCCUCACAUAGCUAUAAAAAUA